AUGGAACUGAACACCAGGGAGGGGGCGUGGCAGAAGCUGUGUGCAGAGCAGGACCCUCUGGUCCUCUCCAGUCUGAUGUGGUCGUGGCUGGAGCAGCUCAGGGAUCCCCUCAUCAGCCAGGCGGAUGUCAAGGCUCUCUGCCAGGAGAACGUUCACCCUCUAAAUGCACUCAACUCCCUGGAAAAGGGACACAGGCUCACAUUGUUGUGUAUCCUCAACUGUGCUGCUCAUCUCCUGCCAGUGCCUGAUGAAGUGGUGACUAGCUUUCUUCACCAAACAAUCAAAGCGUGCACUAGGUCAGACCCAGCCUCAGAGGAGAGCCCGUCGAUGUACGCGUCACUGAAAGCAGUCCUGGCUCCUGUUCUCUAUGAGCUGUGGGACAAAGCUGACCAGUCUCUGUGGAGCUUUGUCUGACAACAGGAUUCUUCUGCCUCUGCCAACCUGUGUUUUCUGAUGCUAGGUGAUACAUAAGUUACUAAUGGUUUAGCUUUCAGUUAAUGUGCCCCUGUGCUCCAUUUGAAAUGUCUCUUCUUGUGUCUCUUGAUUAACUUGAAUGUUUAAGGUUUUAUAAUCUCUCUCCCAGAUUAGACAACUAAGGGAAGCUUUCAUCCUGUAACUCAGCUUUCACAUCUCCAAAAGUAGCUUUAAGUAAAACCCAGAGAUGUUUUUACAUGACACAGCUGCUGCAGUCUUACUAUUAAAUCAAUUCAUUUGCAGAAUCUGUUUAAUUGGCUCUGCUGGAGAAGGUACUUUUCCUACAGUCAGGCUGUUUUACGACCUCUUCUAAUUCCUCUGCCUGCAUUGCAUGUGUGUGAAAUUUGUUUUAAAUGGAGGGCAGUGGGACGGGUCUGUCAACUGGCUGUCUCAUGUUGGGACUUGGUGUCCAUCCUGUCUGAACACUGUGUAGUAUGGAAUAGGAUUAGGGCAGGGGCCGGCAACCCGCGGCUCUGGAGCCACAUGCGGCUCUUUCAUCCAUCCGAUGCGGCUCUCUGUGCUUGUAAAAUUAUGAAUGAAUAUUUAAUUAAAAUGUAUUUUAUUUGA